CUCGCCUCCUCCAACCUCGCCCCCAAUCCCGGACUCUCCUCGCGGCGCGGGGGCUGCCCCCGCCCCUCUAUUGCACGCCGUGGCUCCUGUGGCUCCUCGCGGGGCGGCCCUGAGCUCUUGCUGCUGAGACCCGUCGAGACAUCCCGGGCUCGAGCCGUGCUUGGCCAUCCCGGCCAGAAGCUCUCCAGCUGCCGGCCGGAGCCCGGCUGCUCGGGCGAACCCGCCUCCCGGCGGCGGAGCGGCCCCAGGUGCGGGCCGGGGCGUGGCGCCCGGCGCGUCGCGGAGCGGCAGGUGCGGCUUCCGCGUCAAGAUGGCCGCCGCGGGCCGCCGCCGCCGCCUCCCCGCCGGGCCCGGGCUGCCGCGCGUCGCCCUCUGCCUGGCGUGCUGGGCGCUGGCUCCCGCGGGCGCCGUGCCCGAGCUCGGGCUCUGGACUGCCACGGUCACUAAUAAAUCAGGACCUUUGGUAUUUAGAAAAACUAUGUUUAAUUCUACUGAAAUCAAGUUUUCUGUUAAGUCAUUCAGUUGUUCUGGACCUAUGAAGUUUACCAUAGAGUGGCAUUUGAAGUACCAUAUCUGCUACAAUGACUUCUAUAACCUGGAAGAGCAGUUACAGAAGCAUCAGCUGACUAUCAGUGAAGACUUUUGUGGUAGUGAUUCCAAGAACAUUGAUUGUUGGACAACGAAGAAUGAAAACUUAGAUUGCAACAGUGAUUUACAGGUGUUCCCCUCAUUGAAUAAUAAAGAACUAACAAAUGGCAGAAAUGUUUCAAACCAGGAAGGAUCAAUGGAUGUUGUGGCCAGAACACAGAGAGAUGGGUUUCAUAUCCUACUUGUUUCUAUUAAAACGGAUAGGACAGAUGCAAGUUGGAGUUUGAAUGUGUCUCUUUCUAUGAAGGGGCCACAUGGCUACAUCUCUGCAUCAGAUUGGCCGCUAAUGAUUUUCUACAUGGUGAUGUGCAUAGUUUAUAUUUUGUAUGGUGUGCUCUGGCUGCUGUGGUCUGCCUGUUACUGGAAAGAUAUACUACGGAUCCAGUUCUGGAUUGCAGCAGUUAUUUUUCUGGGAAUGCUUGAAAAAGCAGUGUUUUAUAGUGAAUACCAAAACCUCAACAGCACGGGGCUGUCAACCCAGAGCCUCUUGAUAUUUGCGGAAUUGAUAUCGGCCGUGAAGAGGACAUUGGCCCGUCUCCUGGUGAUCAUUGUGAGCCUGGGCUACGGCAUUGUGAAGCCCCGUCUCGGCACGGUCAUGCACCGGGUGAUUGGCCUGGGGGUUCUCUACCUCAUCUUUGCAGCUAUUGAAGGCGUGAUGAGAGUCAUUGGGGCAAAUGAUUCUGAUCUUGUGCUUCUGACCAGCCUCCCUCUUUCCCUCCUUGAUUCUGGCUUGUGCUGGUGGAUUUUUAUAAGUUUGGCCCAAACUAUGAAGACUCUUAGGCUAAGAAAGAACACAGUGAAAUUUUCUUUAUACAGGCACUUUACAAAUACUCUGAUCUUUGCAGUACUCGCUUCUAUAGUAUUUAUGGUGUGGACAACUAAGACCUUUAGAAUUGCAAAAUGUCUGUCGAAUUGGAUGGAACGCUGGGUUGAUGAUGCAUUUUGGAGUUUCCUGUUUUCACUUAUCCUUAUUGUAAUAAUGUUUCUGUGGAGACCGUCAGCAAAUAAUCAGAGAUAUGCCUUCAUGCCCUUGAUAGAUGAUUCUGAUGAUGAAAUCGAAGAAUUCAUGGUAACUUCUGAAAAUUUAACUGAAGGAAUAAAAUUAAGAGCAUCAAAAACACUUUCCAAUGGGACAGCUAAACCUGCUACUUCUGAUAAUUUUGAUGAAGAUUUGAAGUGGGUGGAAGAAAAUAUUCCCUCUUCAUUCACAGAUGUAGCUCUUCCAGUGUUGGUGGAUUCAGAUGAGGAAAUCAUGACCAGAUCGGAAAUGGCAGAAAAAAUGUUCUCUUCAGAGAAGAUCAUGUGAAUGGGAUUCACGAAUGAAACCCCACGAAUAGAGAAGGACAUCUUAGACCUAGAAGAGGACUUUGUUCCGCUGUUGUGCAACAAGUUUUUAUUGCAUUCUUUUUUGGUAAUCGAUUCAGGUAGUGGGUGGGUCCUGAAAAACCUUUUAGAGCUGACUCUUGAAGGUCAGGUUAGUGCCCACUAAAUGACCUGCAGCCGGGAACAAGCUGAGAGAAGUAUUAUAAAGAUACAUGCCCAGAUGCCCUUAGUGGGUGGGUGAUGGCAUGUGGAUAAGGGUAUUUUUUCCUUCUGGAAAAUAUGGCUAAUGCAGAUAGAUUGAAUUUUUUUUUUUUAAGUAAAUACUCCUCCUCUUCUUCCACAGACUUUUGAGGUAGAUGAGGUAGAUGGUGUGAUUCUUCAGAAGCGUGGUAGUUCCUAGAGGUAAUUAUCUCUGCAUUGCAUUUCACACAGAGGUAGUCAGGUCAUCAGUGCUGCUUGCUUAGUCUUGCGCCAUAAGGUGUAUGGCUGGUGUAGCCUGGUGCACAGACGUGUCCGCACAGAGCCCUUGUUUGUAAAUAUCCCCUGUUCAUGAACUCCCCGGGCUUCUCUUCUGUGCCUGAGCUUCCCGGAACACAGAGAGUGGAGAGCUUGGUCCUGAGAAGUUUGUCCAGAGGUUUGCUGGCCACUGUCCCUGCCCUUAGGCCAAAUGUGCUCCUGCUUGUCCCACCACUGACUGUUCAUGAGGAGGCCAGAAGAUCAUGUCCCGUAGUGAACCUACAACCUUAACCAUGUUUUAUUUGGAAUAUUUGGUUUCUUAAUAAAACAUAUUUAACUGCACAGUACAUAAUAUUUGGUAAUUUUUUAAAUACUUAUUUAUUUUUGGCUUUUGGGGGGUCACCUCCACUGAUGCUCAGGGGUUACCCCUGGCUCUGCGCUUAGGAACCACUCCUGGUAUUGCUUGGGGGACCACAUGGGAUGCCGAACCCAGUUCAGCCACAUGCAAGGCAAAUGCCCUCCCCACUGUACUAUCACUCCAGCCCCAAUAUUUGGUAAUUUCCUAACCUUCAACUAUGGUUUGUACAUUAUUUGGUUUCAUUGUCUAUGUAGUAUGUCAACUUUCUUUUUUUUUUUUCCUCUUAAACAUGCAGGAACUUGAGAGCUAUUUGUUUGUAGAAUAAAGGAAUUGUGGAUAGUUUUGCUGCUCUCAUAACCAAAGAUACAGAACUCUGGACAUUUAAAAUACGAAUUAUGAUUAAAAACACACAUGUCACUCUUUAAAGGAAUCCCACCCCUUCUGAAUUGAGAAUGACUUCAGGGAGUUUUGAUUGAGAAGCAUUGCAGUUCUAACCAUUGCAGGCACUUUUUUAAAUUGUGAUGCUACAAACAUUUUUCUUAAAAAGUCUACCUUUUGAGUUUACCUCAUUCAUUCUUAGAGGCAAGGAAAAGAAAUAUUCACUUCAGGUAGUAUUCUGUCUUGAGUUUUUAAUUUUUUAGUAGUGAACUCAAAACGUUCUGAUAAACGUUCCAGAAGAAGGUGUGGAUUUCAGGAAAAUGUUGGUUUGAUACCUUUCGUCAUAAGAGAGUUCCUUGUUUUGCUUCUGCCGUAGUGAUGUGCUAACCCCCCACCUCCACCCCCAAAUCAUACACAUACAGUAGACAGUAUUUGUUUCUGUUCUGGCUUGAAUGUAUCCCACCCUCUUCCCUGCUAUAUCAGAGCUAGCGUGCCUCUGCCUUCUUGUUCCUAACAUUUUUGUCCAGUCCAGCUGCCUUUAGUUGGAGGUACCUUGACUCCCCAAUUCAUUGUCUGACUCUAGUAAAUCCUAAAGUGCAGAAUCCUGAACUUCCAGCUCAUCAAAGCUGCAUAGCUCGUGGCACAGGCAUGGGGAAUAGACCAUGAUAGCGGGAAGGAAAACUGCUGCUCACACAACCUCAGGGCAUUUACGAAAUGAUGCCGUGGACAUAACUCACUGCAGGCAACCUUUCCUGGCCAUCCAGAGCAAGCAGGAGCCCCGCUGGAUUAGAACAUUCAGCCUGGAAUGUUUUGCAGAGAAUAUCUGCUGUGUUUUUUCGAGUGAGAAUUGUGUGAUCUGUCACACUCUUCUACACUGAUUUGGGUAUUCCUGUGAAGAGUCUUCUUAGGCCCCUCAUAUAAACCGGGACCAUAGCUGGGUUCAUAAGAAACACACACACAAGGGAAAUGUUAGCCAAGCACCACUAGGCCCUGCUCAGUCUGCUUCUGCAGGAACUUUCCAGAAGCUGCUUAUCAAGACUCUGAUGGCUGUCAGGAUAAUUUAUUCUUAGAAUGCCACAAGAUGGGUCUUCCUGGUAAUGAAAGGAAUUGAGAUUGAGAUUAGUUCUAUGUGUUUCUAGCAGAAUGCGUAGACAAUCUAAACAGAUAGUACAGCGGGUAUGGCAUUCGCCUUGCACCCCACUGACCUGGGUUCAAUCCUUGGCAUGCCAUAGGGUCCACCAAGACCUGCCAGGAGUAAGCCCUGAGUAUGCUGGGUAUAGCCCUCCCCCAAAAAUUUACAUACAAUUUUCUUAAAAGGGAAUCUGUUUGAGUUUGUAUUUAAAUAUUUGUUUUAAAACAUAUUUAGUUUAUACUUAAAACAUGGAAAAUAGGUGAAUGUGAAUUUUUGAACCUACAUUUUCACUGUAAAAUUAAAAAUUAAAAUGUAUUAUAUAUUAUAGGAAAUACUGAGUUUUCCCCUGUAAUACAGUGUAUUUGCACUAAAAUAUCAAAACGGAAAAUGUGGAAAAUGUGAACAUAAGGUUGAUUUUUAUAUACCAUUUUUAAAGCAGGGUUUAGCUCUGUUAAGUGACUUAUAGUCUAUACUAUACAUGGCUAAUAUUAAAUUUGUAAGUCACUACUUUUGAUACUCGUGUCUUUGUAUAACCUACAGCAUGCAAUAAAAGUUUAAAGCAUUAAGCCUUAUACUUGAAGUGUAACCUACUGAAAUUAUAAAUAUCAAACAUGUAUAAGUGACAAACUAGAUUUGGGGAGAACUGUACAUUAUAAAAUGAGUUCAGUACUGCAUUAAGAAUUUUAUUGUACAGAGCAAUAUACAGUGGAUAGGGCACUUGCCUUGCAAGCGGCCAACUCUGGUUUGAUCCCUGGCAUCCCAUAUGACCCUCCCCCGCCCCCAGCACCGCCAGGAUUCCUGAGCACAGGGACAGGAAUAGCCCCUGAGCAUCACCUGGUGUGACCUAUAAAGCCAAAAGAGAGAGAGAGAGAAUUUUAUUUAUAAUUAGGAAAACAUUUAUUUGGGAAGAAAGUUCAGGAAUACAAAAAGAUACUUUUUCUGCCUAAAGGGUUAAAUUUUAUAAUUUGAAAGACAUUGUUUUGAGCAGUGAAUAGAUUUAUUUGAAAUCAAAGGUUUUUAUUUGGAAAAACUGAUGUAUUACUGUGCCUUAAUAUUUGUUUUGACUUUAAUAAAGUGGUUCUGAAAUUUUGGA